AUGUCGUUGGCACAUGCAAGCAGCAAUCAGGAUUUGUCCUCCUGGGAUAGCAUACUCAACGAGCUAACCGGCAAAGCGUCUGCAGAAGGGAUCACCAAUUCACAAGCAAAUGUGCAGCUUGGCGCUGGAGGCAGUGUAAAUGGCAAGUUUUGGAGCAAAUUUUAUGAAUUGCUUUGUAAGAAAUAUGCACAGUUUCGCAAAGAUACAAGAAACUGGCCAUAUUCUUUUGCCAAGAACCAAAAUUCAUAUUGCUUUGUUGCACUGAAGCUGGACAGAAAACAACCAAACACACGAGACGUCACUGCGCUUGCUGAUUUUUCAGGUUUCGACAUUACUGGCUUAGUGUCUGGCAUGAGCGAAGGGCAGGGAGGAGCAAAUGUAAGGACAGCAGCAUCAGGCCAUGGAAUUACAAAUGGAUCAUAUCAGGGUGCAUCUGCGCUAACAGUAUUCGGAAGCUCGCAAGUGGACGCAGGCAACGGAAAGGGAGAUUCGAAGCUAACAUCCAAGACGAACGUAGCAGACGGUGAUGCCAGCGGUAAUAUCAGGAUGGAAGGGAGCGCUUUUGGUACCAACAGCAAUCUGAACGUUAGCAACGGCAUGAAUAUUGACGACAGCGGACGAAAAACUCGUAAAAAUGUUUUACUUCAUUUUAAAUUGCCCUAA